GGGAGGACCCCAAAACAAAAUAAGAUACCCUCUCAGCUGUCAAAAAUUAAUGCGCAAGACUGGAAUUCUUGAGCUGAUCUCCCAGAAACUUGAUUGGUUGUUCUAGAUUCCAUGAAUGAUAUAAAUUGAGCUCAUAGUUGGAAGAAAUCUAAAGGAUCAAGCAUCUCUGAGUUUCAGACAGAAACUUACUCUGAAUACAUUUGGAGAACCGGUGAGAAAUGGGGACCUGGAUUCUGUUUGCCUGUCUCCUGGGAGCAGCUUUCGCUAUGCCCCUACCACCUCAUCCUGGGCACCCUGGUUAUAUCAACUUCAGCUAUGAGAACUCACAUGCUCAGUCUAUCCAUACUGGCAGGACUGCAUUAGUGCUUACCCCUUUGAAGUGGUACCAGAACAUAAUAAGGCCACCGUAUCCUUCCUAUGGUUACGAACCCAUGGGUGGAUGGCUGCACCACGAAGUCAUCCCCGUGCUGUCCCAACAACACCCCCCGACUCACACCCUGCAGCCUCAUCACCACAUCCCAGUGGUGCCAGCUCAGCAGCCCGUGGUCCCCCAGCAACCAAUGAUGCCAAUUCCUGGCCAGCACUCCAUGACUCCAACCCAACACCACCAGCCAAACCUCCCAAUGCCCGCCCAGCCACCCUACCAGCCCCAGCCCGUUCAGCCGCAGCCACACCAGCCCAUGCAGCCCCACCAGCCCAUGCAGCCCCAGCCUCCUGUGCACCCCAUGCAUCCCCUGCCGCCACAGCCACCUCUGCCUCCGCUGUUCCCCAUGCAGCCCCUGCCCCCCAUGCUUCCUGAUCUGCCUCUGGAAGCGUGGCCAGCAACAGACAAGACCAAGCGGGAGGAAGUGGUGAGUAUGCCUUGA